UCGAACAACCUGCGCUUUUUCUUAUGUGUGCGUAUUUUCCUUGUAAUAUUCACGAUUUAUCAGUUUAUCAGUGCUCAAUUUCAUUGAUAAUUUAAUAAUAACAAUAUAAAAUAAUCUAAUUGUGGGCACAAAAGUUAAAGACGAAGAAUAUGAUCAAGUGACACACCGAGACAAGACUUGAACUCGAGAAAUUAUUAAUUGAAAUUACGUGGAGAGCAGCAAAUUCAGCAGCAUCAACGAGUUUUGUUUGUUUUUGUAUUUGGAUUUUAUUCGUUUUUUGGUUCCUUUGAGACAUUCGACGGGGAAAAAUCGCGUUUUUAGACAUUUUUGGAUCACGAUAGACGCAAAACAGCAAGAUGGGACAAACACUUGGCGAGCCAAUUACCACAAAAGAGUCAGCUUAUUGCCAGAAUGAUAGUUAUCGUGUCGGAUCGAGUUGUAUGCAGGGAUGGCGUGUUAAUAUGGAGGACUCACAUACUCAUAUUUUAUCGCUGCCCGACGAUCCGGAAGCUGCCUUCUUCGGGUGUUUUGACGGGCAUGGAGGGGCGAGUGUCGCACAGUAUGCGGGUAAAAACCUGCACAAAUUCAUUCUGAAGCAGCCCGAGUACCCGGAUAACAUCGAGGAAGCCCUGAAAAAAGGUUAUCUCGCCAUCGACGAGGCAAUGUUGCAAGAAGAGUCGCUGAAGGACGUCAUGGCAGGCAGUACCGCCGUUUCCGUGCUCAUAAAGGACAAUCAAUUGUAUUGCGCGAAUGCGGGAGACUCGCGUGCCAUCGCCUCGAUAAAUGGCAAACUCGAGGUGCUGAGUCACGAUCACAAGCCAAAUAACGAGGAAGAGUCGCGACGAAUUUGCGAAGGCGGCGGCUGGGUCGAGUUCAAUCGCGUGAACGGGAAUCUCGCAUUGUCGCGGGCCUUGGGUGACUUUACGUUCAAACGGAAUGCUGAUAAGACGCCGCAAGAACAGAUAGUGACAGCAUAUCCUGACGUCGAAAGGCGAGAAAUCACGGAAGAUUGGGAGUUUUUAGUGCUGGCAUGCGACGGCAUUUGGGAUGUUAUGUCGAAUGAGGAAGUGCUGACUUUCGUGCAGAGCCAAAUUCAGCUGGGGAACUAUCCGGAGGAGAUUUGCGAGAAUCUCAUGACAAAGUGUCUUGCGCCUGAUUGUCAAAUGGGUGGCCUUGGAGGAGAUAAUAUGACCGUGAUUUUAGUUUGUUUCCUUCACAACAAACCAUACGAGAACCUGAUCAAAAAAAUCGAAGCUCGAGAAGCCGAAGUGCCGCCAGCAGUUAUUGAGAACAAUGACGAACCAGAACCGGAUUUGUGCUAAAAUCUCCAAAAAAUUUUUUUUUUUAUUAUUUUACAUUUUGUCUCAUAACCACCCAAUCAAACAAUCAUUUAACUUGUAAUACGAAAGAAAAAAUCGCGUCGUCAAAAAAAUAUGCUCAGUCAUCAUUAAAAAAUUUUGCAUUUUGGACAAAAAAAUUUAACAAAUUCGUACGGUUCUGUGUCGUCGUCAUCAACACACCAAAAAAAAAUUGCUAAUUUCUUUUAUCAACAAACGUAAAAAAACUUACUAAAAAAUGAAAUCAAUGUUAAUAAAAAAAUAAAAAAUAGCGAGAAAUGAAGUUACAUAAUAAAUAAUAAAUAAAAAAAAUAUGACAAAGGUCUAAGAUAUUACGAGCAAUAAAAAAUAGUCUAAAAUUUGAAAACUUUUGGACGUUCAUAUAUUUUGAUAAACACAUAUGUACAUUAAAUGUAAUAAGAAAAAGAUCAUAUUCGAGCAGGUCACAAAAAUUUUUUCUACACCAUGCAUUAAAUAUUAAUAGAAAAUAAUUUAACAUGAAAGGUUAAGGAAAAAAUGUUAUUGUUGCAUAAUUAGAAGGGAAUUCACACAAAAACACACAAACAUGUAAGAAAAAUAAUUAAUUAUUAUUAAAAUAGUAACAAGAUAUAUGAUACAGAAAAAUACAUGUUAAUUGUCUAUUUGAUUGCCUUUGAACGAAAAAUCUUUCGUCCGUUAAAGUUUUGUAAAAAAAAAAUUUUUUAUUAUUUUAUUCGAUCUAAAAAUUUAUGUAACAAACCUGUCUUUCAAUUUAUCCAAAUUAAUAAUGUUUAACAUAAAUUUUCUUUUUUUUUCUAAAUUGUACUUAUUUUUAAUAAUUUUCUAUCAAUAAUAUUUAAUUAAUGUUCAAAAAUUGCC